GCAGCAUCCCAUACAUCGCACACAUUCUCCCUCCCCCACCCAAGCACGAGCACAAGCAACCCAUAUCAACAACAGCACACACGCACAAGCACGCACACACGGAGAGCCAUUCAACAACAACCAGGCCUCCCACACAGCAACCACCUUUUGAUCGACAAGCAAGCAAACAGCAAACAAGGACACGCAAACUUAGCCAAACACACACACAGAGACAGACACACACACACACACACACACAGCGCAGAAGGAUGUCUGUGGCGGAGACCAUCCAGCGACUGGAGCGCCACAACCGGCAGGUGACGCGAGGCGAAGACGGCGAUGAUGAAGGCGGCGUGCGCGGUAGUGGCCCCAUUGGUGGGUUUGGUCGGUCCACGUUUGCACAGAACAGCACGCGUGGCAUCAACAACCGCGCGUCACCACCACCACCCGUCGCGGCGAAACCGGUGGCCAUGAGGACACUCGACUUUGGUCUCACAAAUGCCACUGACGAGGCACCCUCAGAUGCAAAGACAGAGGAUCCACAACAAGAGCAAUCGCAGCAUGUGCAGUUGCAGGAAGAGCUGGCCACAAUCAGGGAGCAGCUGGAAGAGCUGCAAGGGCUCUAUGCAACAGCACAGCGCGAGCUGCGGGAACAAUGCGUAAAGACGCGCGAAAUGGAGAAGGAGUUGGCAGACACCGUGGCAGAUAACAAGCAACUGGCACGCGCGCUGGCCAUGGCCAUUGAGCGCCGCCCGUCCACCCAUCUUCUCGCCGACGCCGUCGCAGCGGACAGCGACACCGACGACGCACGAUCAGCAGCAGCAACAGCAGCAGCAGCGAGAACAGCGGCGGCAGCAGCAGCAGUGAAGGCCGGUCGGCGGUCCAGCCGUGACAGCCGCCGGUACAGUGACGGCCACGCGAACACACGCACACGGCACUCGGAGGCGCGUCUUCGUCGCGGCAGCCACCAGCCGCGCAGUGGCGAUGACUGGAGUACCGUCUCCAUCGCAAGCGACAACACGCUCGCAGCCGCAUACGAGGAGGACCCGCACCUGCCCGCGCUGCCAGAGGUGUGCUUCAUGGACGACGAGACGGAGUGGCAGAGCCUGCGCGGUGGCGACGAUGAUGACGAUGAUGGUGUUGUUGGCGAGCGCCAUCCCCGUCAGCGCGGACACAGGACAGCGGCAACGGCGGUGACGCCCUCGCCACCUGCGUCGCCCUCAACACCAGCCACCAAGUCCCCCUCAAAGCCGCGCCGGAAGCGCAGCUGGUUCUUCUUCUCGCGGCGCAGCCGCAACACACACACCCCUGCUGACAUCGGCGGCGACGACGACAGCCACCACGACCACAACGCGUCGCUCCUCGAGCCAGGAACGGCAGCAGGCAGCAGGCAGCGCCGUGGCAGCAAGUCGUGCCCCGACACUCCGCUCAAGACCAAACAGAAGCAACAGCACCGCAAGAGCAGCCGCUCCAUGUACGACAACGACCCGUUUGCAGACGAUGACGCGCUGCACCACCACGACGACAAUGACCACCACCACACCCACGACUACGAUGAGGCGGACGCCAUCGUGCAGCGGCGGGGGCGCAGUCGCUCACGCACGCGCACGCGCACGUCCAGUGCAUCGCGUGCGCGGAGCCGCUCAGCACGGCGCGCACGCAAGGAGCGAAAGGCGGCGGAGAAGGAGGAGAAGAAGAGACGCAAGGAAGAGGAGAAGCAGCGAAAGAAGGCAGAGAAGAAACAGCACAAGCUCAUGAAGAGCCGCCGUGGUGGUGCUGGUGUUGGGGAUGGUCACUAUGACGGUGGUGAUGAUGGCGAAGGUGACAGGGAGGAGAAGCAACAGCAGCGACGACGCAGAUCCUCCUCGUGGCGGCUUCGCUCGUUCCACCUCCGCCGACAACAGCACAAGCUUGCCAAGCUCACGAAACAGCACAGCGGUAGGGGCGAUGGUGACGCUGACGCUGACGGCAACAGUGCACAUGGUGGCAGCAGAGCCAAUGACUCCAACAGCUGCGACGACCACGCCUACAACAAAAGCAGCGGCAGCAGCAGCAGCGGUGCGCGCUCGGCGCGUGACGUAUCGCCGCUGUCGCCAUCACAGCAGGAGCGACAGGACGGCGGGCGGCCACGCGCCAAGUCGCAGGGGGAGAUUCUGGUGGACGAGAUCCUGGAGUCGAUGAUACAGGGCACGCCGCCAAAGUCGCCCAAGAUGACGCGGGCGGAGCGGCGGCAGGCAAAGCGUGUUGAGCGGGAGAUUCGGCGCAGUCAGAUGGAGAUCAAGCGCGAGAACCGGCGCAAGGACAAGCGCAGAUCUGCGUCCGUCGACAGCACGGCCGCGUCGCCAAGUCGCGGGUCGCGGUGGCGCCUGCUGCGGCGCUCAACCACCAGCUCGCCCGCAGACAACAAGGGCAGCAAGAGCAGCAAGAGCAGCAAGAGCAAAGCGAGUGGCAGCCGAUUGUCGCUGCGUCGGCGGUCCAGCCACGCCCUCGUGUCCGCCGCACAGCUACCGGGGGAACAGCCCGUGGUGACCGGCAUGAUCUCACUGCAGCAGGUCAUCGCAGAGUGCACAGCGGAGCAGGAGCGCGAUGGCGGUGAUGGUGCUCGUGGUGGUGCUCGUGGUGGUGCUGGUAACAGCGGUGGUGUACAGGAGGAGACCUCGCCAGCGUGGGACGACGAGAGCGCAGCGCUAAACCGGCGGCUGGAGAAGGCACUCAACAUGUCGGCUGCUACCGCUGGGGCUGAUCAUGGUGGUGAUGGUGGUGGUGAGGGUGGUGAUGGCAACAGUGAUGCUGUCAGCAUGCACAGUGAGGAAGACACAAUGGCCUCCCACAACAUCACCAGCAAGGGUAGCAGUGGCAAUGCUGGCCAUCACAAGACCACUGCAAAACAACAAGCAUCUACGUCAGCACAGCAGCAGCCGACGUCCUCCUCUUCCCACCAUGGCUGCUCCUCUUCGUCGUCGUCGUCAUCAUCGUCGUCGUCUGCAGCAGCUGCUGCAACAGAAACCACAGACACGACAGCCAUCGUGACGACAAACAGUGACGCCAGCGCAACCACGCCCGCCAUGUCAGACUCGGGCCUGUCGGCUGCAACAUCCGCGACAACAGCCACGUCAUCGCUCACAAGCGGCAGCGAGACAAGCGGUGUCGGUGGCGGCGCUGAGGAUGAUGAGCGAGCGAGGCGGAGGAAGGAGCUGGCUGAGCGGAGGGCGGCAAAGAAGCGCGAGCGUAAAGCCAUGGAGGAAAAGGUUCUCUCAGAGGCACUGGCCAUCAUCGAGGCUUUGGAAGAGUGA